UUAAGAUUAUUAUUAUAAUUAUUUUUAAAGAUUUAUUAGCGUGCAUGAGUGGGGGAGGGGCAGAAGGAGAGGGGGGGAAAUCUUAAGCGGACUCCCUGCUGAGUGCAGAGCCUGACACGGGGCUCAACUCUAGCUGGAUCCCAUGACCUGACCUAAAAAUCAAGAGUUGGAUGCUCAACCGACUGAGCCACCCAGGUGCCCCCAAAAUUUAAGAUUAUAAAAGAAACUAUGUCACAAGGCAAAAAAAAUCGAUGAAUUGCUAAUAAUUCUAGUAUUAAAUGUUUUUAGAACUUAGAGAUUUUUUUUUUAGGCAAAGCUAUAUUUGUAAGGGAAUACAGGAUUUUAUAAAGAGGAGUGGGGAGUAUGUUCCACAUAAAGAAAAGGAUUGAGCAAAAUUAGAGAGUUGGAAAAGAUAAGGGAUAUCUUGGGAAAUAAAUUAGUUUGUAUUGAGCAGACAGUUUUUAUGGGGAUACAGUAGGAAGUAGAGAUGGCAGGUAUAUAGGGGGGAUUUGUGGGUUCUUAAAUCUUGAGCCAAAGUGAUUUUUAUCCUGUAGGUCAUUGUUUCAUGUAUUCAAAAGCAGUUAUACCCACAAAUUCACUGUACUCUGCUAGAAUUGGAAUAAGAAUGAAAACAACCCUUGUACUCAGCUCCCUAUAAUUUUCCUUGAGCUCCAUGAAAUAAGGAUCCCCCCCACCCCCCCAGGUCACUGUAGAAAAUGGACUGAAACACUGUUUGUUCUAGACAACUGUUAGCCAUAAAACAUUUUUGAGCAAGGCUGAGGAAUAUUAUGCAAAUCAUUUGAAAAUAGUAUUCAAGAAGACUUACUUGGCAGGAUAGGUUAAACCAUAGGAUGGGCUGUCAAAUUACUUGAGAUCGUAGCAAUAAGGUCCUAAGCCAUAGUAGAGGGACUACAAAGAAAAGACUGAAGAGACAUGUCAGUGGCAGAAAUGAUCAAUUGUUUGAUUAAAUAUGAAGAAGUAUAUGAGGAAUCAGGGGGAAUAGAAGUUCUAUUGAACAUUAUCUUUGUUAAAGUCUUGGUCAUAGAUUUCUGUGGAGAAAUCAUGGAUGACUUGGCUUUUAAGAAGCUAUAAUUUAGGUAUAGAAACAUGAUCAAAACAGGCAGAUCCUGUUUGAUCUAUUUUGCACAGACAGCCUUCUACCAUAGCAACUUUACAUACUUUGGGGUUCUGGAUAAAAUUUUGUGUGUGUAUGCACAUGAAUUUUAAACUUCCCUUGCUAUUAAGAAAAUAAACUUUUGUUUUAGUUAUGUUUAAUUUCAGUUGUAUGGAGAAAAAGCUUUUAUUGCUGAUGUGAUUUCAUUAAAUAAGUGGGUGCUUACUUGAUGCCAGGCAUUAUGUAGUGAACAAUGUGGAUUUGGUCCCUGUUUUCAAGAAGAUGAAAGGAAAUUGUUAGUGCAGUAUGGUAAGUUAUGAUAGGGUACUGAAGGGCAUAGAGUAAAAGUUAAUAGCAUGAGUUCUGGAGCCACAUUCCUUGGGUUAGCAUCCCAUCUUUGCCAUUUACUUGCCGUGGAAGCUUGGGCAAAUUGUGGAUCUUUUCUGUUAAGAAUUUUCUUUUUUUAUAAGUUGUGUGUAGUCUUGUGAUUUGUUUUCAGUACUCCGCAAGGUGGGUAUAGAACUGGGCAUGCAGGGUUGAAGUUUUGCUAGGGAGCUAUGUUCAGAGAACAAUGGGGCAAAGGGAUUUUGGAUAUUGCUAAGAGGUUGAUUAAAGUGGUGGGCCAUAUUGUUUGGGGCAGAAAAAAAAGCAGCAGGGUGUUAAUGCAGAGAAAGGAAUACAAAGAUUGAUGUAGAGUGGUGGUACAGUGUGAGUAAUUAGAAGAAUGCAGUAGAAGAUUAUGGUCAUGACGUUUUGUUUCCGACCAAAUUGCUGGAAUAGUUACAGUGAUAGCAAGGUCUAGAAUGUUGCUUUGGGAAUUGGGCUGAGAAGUGGGAAUGGAUAGGACAAGGAAUACAAGGAACUGAGGCUAGAGCUUGAGAUGAGUUGUCCAUGAGGAAAUUUGUAUCAUCCAAGAUAAUGGUAGGAAUUUGGAGGGAGAUUACUGUCUAAAUGAUUGUUUAUGCCUAGAGCAGAUUUUUCAUGUUUAUGCAAAAAUGUUAGUAUAAAAAGAGAAGGUAAAAAAAAUACUGGAUUUUUUUUUUUUAAAGAAUGUAUAUAAUACAAGUGGACUUGUGCUUCAAAUUCUUUAUCUAGUCAGUGUAACCUAUCUUUUAGAGCUACGGUUGACCCUCAAACAAUAUGGGGGUUAGGGGUCCUGACCUUCCUUGUAAUAAAAAGUGUGUAUAACUUUUGACUCCCCAAAACUUAACUGCUAAUAGUCUUCUGUUGACUAGGACCCUUACCAAUAAAAUAGUUGAUUAACUCCUAUUUUGCACGUGACAUGUAUUAUAUACUGUAUUCUCACAAUAAAGCUAGAGAAAAGAAAAUGUUAUUAAAACCAUAAGGAAGAAGAAAUACAUUUACAGUUUUGUACUGUACUUACUGAAAAAAAAUCUGCAUAUAAGUGGACCCAUGCAAUUCAAACCCGUAUUGUUCAAGUGUCAGCUGUACCGUGUAAAGGCCUAGUAACUCAGAUUCAAGAAUCAAAAUAAUUUGGGGUUUAAGAAAAUACAAUAGUCAAGAAUUUUAGUAAAAAUUAGAAAUGAUAACAUCAGUGUGUCUUAAAGGAUUUUUUGAAUUAAAUACCUUAACUCAUUAAAUAAAAAAUGGUAUUUAAAAAGUUUCCAUUCCCAUGUUUGAGUUGAAUUACUUUUUUUUUUUUAAGAUUUUGUUUAUCUGAGAGAGAGCACGAACAGGGGGGAGAGGCAGAGGAAGAGGGAGAAGCCUGCUCCCCACUGAGCAUGGAGCCCAAGGAGGGGGGCUCUAGCCCAGGACCCCAGGAUCAUGACCUGAGCUGAAGGCAGACACUCAGAGUGAGCCACCCAGGCGCCCCUGAAUUGAAUUACUUGUAUGUACUAUUAAGUAUGGAGGAUGAUUGAAAAGUUGUCAUUGGGGAAAUUGAUACCAUGGUGGACUGGGUUCUGUUACUUGCUAAUUGUGUGGCCUUGAGCAAGUUUUUUUUUUGUUGUUGUUUUUUAAGAUUUUAUUUAUUUGUCAGAGAGAGAGAGGCAGGCAGCAGGAGAUGCAGGUUCACCACUGAGCAAGGAGCCUGAUGCGGGACUCCAUCCCAGGACGCUGGGAUUAUCACCCAAUCCGAAGGCAGAUGCUUAACCAACCGAACCACACUGGCGUCCCCUUGAGCAAAUAUUUAACAGGUGAAGAUGUGGAAAAAAUUUUGGAUGAAUGGAAGGAAUAUAAAAUGGGAGUACCAACCUAUGGUGCAAUUAUUCUUGAUGAGACACUUGAAAAUGUACUACUGGUUCAGGGGUAUCUAGCAAAAUCAGGCUGGGGAUUUCCAAAAGGAAAAGUAAAUAAAGAAGAAGCUCCUCAUGACUGUGCUGCUAGAGAGGUCUUUGAGGAAACUGGUUUUGAUAUCAAAGAUUAUAUUUGUAAAGAUGAUUACAUUGAACUUCGAAUCAAUGACCAGCUUGCUCGUUUGUACAUCAUUCCAGGAAUUCCAAAAGACACAAAAUUUAACCCGAAAACCAGAAGAGAAAUUCGGAACAUUGAGUGGUUCUCCAUUGAGAAAUUGCCCUGUCAUAGAAAUGAUAUGACCCCGAAAUCCAAACUUGGUUUGGCACCUAACAAAUUUUUUAUGGCCAUUCCCUUUAUCAGACCACUAAGGGACUGGCUUUCGCGGAGAUUUGGAGAUUCCUCAGACAGUGACAAUGGAUUUUCCUCAGUCGGUAGCACACCAGCUAAGCCCACUGUGGAAAAAUUGAGUCGAACCAAAUUCCGCCACAGUCAGCAGUUGUUUCCUGAAGGUUCUCCUGGUGACCAGUGGGUAAAGCACAGGCAACCACUGCAGCAAAAGCCAUAUAAUAAUCAUUCUGAAAUGUCUGACCUUUUAAAAGCGAAGAAUCAAAGUAUGAGGGGAAAUGGCAGAAAACAGUAUCAGGAUUCACCUAAUCAAAAGAAAAGAACAAACGGGGUCCACAGCCAGCCAGCCAAGCAGCAGAAUCCCUUGAUGAAAUGUGAAAAAAGACUUCAUCCACGAAAACUUCAGGAUAAUUUCGAAACAGAUGCUGCAUAUGACUUGCCUUGCUCCGGUGAAGACCAGUUGCUAGAACAUGCCGAGGGACAGUCUGUGGCAUGUAAUGGUCAUUGCAAGUUCCCCUUUUCAUCCAGAGCCUUUUUGAGUUUUAAGUUUGACCAUAAUGCUAUAAUGAAAAUCUUGGACCUUUGAAAGCAGCAGAUGUGUUGUGGAAGUCCCAGGAUCAGAGACCUGUUGCAUUUGAGUGGGUGUCUCUUUGAGCCUUACCUUUCUCAGGUGUUUUAAAGAAAUGCAGGGAGGCAAUGAUGUUUCUGAAGAUAACGUUCUCUGCAGAAGAGAGAGUAGAAAGAAACAUGAGUUUGCACUGUAAAUGCAGUUAUAACCUUUUAUACAGAUAUACCUUUUCAGUGUUUGGCUAACGAAUUUAAGUUGCUUUUUAUGAGAGCAUUUUUUCUGUGUGAUUGUGAUUUUUAUUUCGUGUUCUGGUCAAGAAAAUAGUGUUUGAGUCAUCAUCAGGUAGCCAAGUUAAUGGGAAUGUUCCAUCUAUCCAUGACAGUGACUGCAAUUAGAGUUUGCCUAUGUUGACGUUUUUAAAAGAAACUUAAAAUUCACAAAUAAUAAAUGAAUGCAAGAGCUAAAAAUGUCACAGAAGUUAAGAUCACAGGUCAUCUGCUUUGGUGGCAUUUUGCGCAUUUCUCUGCUUCUAACCACUCGGGUUCUCUAAUCCUCCUGUGCUGGGAGAUUUGUUGAAAGGUUUAUUUAGAGCCAGCAUCUACUGUGUAAUGUUCAUGUUAAAAAUGAACACAGCACUUCAUUAAAAGACAAAAGUCCUCAGCCUGGAGAGGGACUGAGUUGGUUAGGUGGGGGGAGUACACUCUGACUUGGAGUUGAGAGCCUUGUGCAGUCAGCAAACCUGGGAGAGUGGUGGGGAGAGGGGAGCGUGGAGCAUGGAGGCCGGGACCCGGCAACUGCUUUGGUGGCAGCUGCUUUGGUCUUGUCUUCACUGUCCUGCCACCAGCUCUUCAGUAUUGUACAAUGGUUUCAUUCCUGUGAAAAUUUAUUCCCUAUUACAGUUGUGUAAAUAUGAAUGGAAUACUGACAUUAUUAGGUUUUACAUUGCAUCUUGGUGUUGAUCUCUGGAAACUAAUGUUGUAUUAGGUUCCAAUUUGCAGUAGCAGCAGAAACUGACAUGCUUUUAUGAGCAUGCUGAAGCCCCUGGAUGAUGGAGUGAGAAGGGAAGGGGUAUGCGGUUCACCCAAGUACAAAUAAAGCAUUUCACUAGGGGACGAUCAGAACAUGAAGGUAACAUACAUAACUCACUUCUAGGACUGUAUUUUGCUCUUUCAGGAUUCUUAAAUCUAAAUAAAGAUGGCAAUGCCCAUUUUAAGAAGAAUUUCAGCUCUAAUUGAGGACAAUCGCCAGAACUUUAAAAGGGGGCUUUAGUGUUGGGGCUGCUUCUGACCUCAUUGAAGGUAUUUCUUUUGGGGGUGUUAUGUGUGAGCAUAUGCGUGCGUGUGCAUCUGCCAUGUGGGUUUUAAAAAUCUUUUUUUACAUGUGGUAUCCACAGAAUAUAUCUCUGCUUGUAAAUUUUAUUGUAGAAAUCUUUAUUCUGUAUAGAUAGCCUAUUUAAUAGGGGUUCUAUUUAACCCAGUGGGACUUUCAGAAGAAGUACUAUUGUAAGGAAUUCACUUGGUAUUUCUUUGCUUUAGCUUUUAAAUGGCUUGAUUAAAUUUAAAGGAGAAAUUCUAUUUAUUAAUAAAAGUGUCACCCUCUUGGUGCUAAGCAGGAGAAUUCACGAUUACAGCAGUGUGUUUAAAAUUAGGUUAUUCAUAAUCCUGCAUCUUUUAAUGUGACAAACUUGUGAAUCCUUCUGUGACCUUUUUUAAAAUGCAUUAUAUGAUUGCUUUUGGAAGCUCUUACUGUUCUUUCCAGAAAUACAGCUGCUUUGCUUGGGUCUCCUUGAGCCAUAUUUAUAGUUGGUCCCAGCAUUCCAGAUUUCUAUUAAAUUGUUAAGGGAGUGAAAACUUAGUUUGCCUGGCAGGUAAAUCAUUUUCACUCAUUUACUGUCAUCUGGAAACCAUAUAAUUUUUAGUAAUUUUGUGUGUGUGUGUGUGUGUGUGUGUGUGUGUGGUUUUUGUUUUUUGAGUAUUUUGGUCAAUCUUUCUGGUGCCUAGAGUUGGGUUUUUCAGCUCUUAAUGCAAAAGCAAAAGAGAUUAGAGUUAGUUACCAGAAGUAUGUCCUCUAAAGGUGUUGAGCCUUUUCAAGAACCAACAGAUUAUCUCUUUUCAAUUACAGCAGUUUAACUAUGGUUAAAUGUUAUUGCUGUUGUGCUGCUUCGUUUAAUGCACUGUGGAACAAAAUAAGGGUAUUGUUGGGAUGGGAUUUUGGUAACUUGAGGCUUUUAGCUCUCUUGACAGUUUGAGAUAAAGAUGUGAGUUAAAGUUUAUGUGUGUGAUGUGACUUAACUAUGCAGAAAAUGUAUAAGUUGGAUGUACCUGUUUUAUGUACAUCUGCUAUACUUAUUCCCUUGAACCUGUGUAUUAGUUUCUCAGUGUUCAGGUUACCUUCAGAAAGGCCAUGCUUAGCACAGAACUGGAUUUCUCCUUCGAGAAAUUUUAGCAUGGUUUGAAGAAAUCAAGUGAUAAAGGAGUGUGCUGAAUAUGCAAUAAUUUACUUCUGUGUGCUGCAUUUUAAGAAGCUAGAUGAGAAGAGUAGUUGGGUUGGCUUCAUUGUGUUUUAUGUCUUUGAGAGGAAAAAUAGGUCUUUGAAUCCACUUUUUAAAUGUUCUUAUGUUCCAACCUUACAUGUUCCAAGGUUCAGUGCACUGUGAAUCUUUUAUUUUUUUAAAUUUUGUAGGUGCUUUUAUGUAUAACUGUAAUGAUUUGUAAGAUGUUAAAUGAAUUUUUUUGUACUUAACCAUUGUUAUCCAAAAGAUAGGGGUAUAGUUUACAUGCUUUCACAAGUUUUUGUUAAGAAAUAGCAAAUGAAUGGUUUUAGGAUUUCAACCAGUGACACUCUUCCUGAGACAUAAACUGAAUAGAACCCUUAGCAUGGGUGAAAUUUGAAGAGGUUUGAAACUUAAGUUGGAUUUUCAUGUUAAUAUAUAAAAGCGAGUCUCUUAUGUUGUCAAGGGAUUUGUGGUCACUGCUUGCUGCUUUGAGCUUUGGAUAUUCUUAUUUUUCUAUUAAAUAUCAAUUAGUAAGUGCAGAUAAUGAAGAUGUAUAGCAAAAUAUAGCAAAAAUACUUUUAUGCUAUAAGAUUGGGUUGGUACUUUGUCUUUUACGGCUUUAGUAGUUUGUGCGUAAUAUCAAAUAAAAAACUCCAAGUGAAUGACAUCCUUCCACAGGGAUUAAAUUUAAAUUUUAUUAUAAAGCUCAACAUAUUAUGGUGGUCUUUAGAGAAGUUCAGGUCUAAGUGCAUGUACGCAUUAAAAACAUUUCAUUACCUAAGUCCCUCUUUUUUGUUUUUGUUUGUUUCCAACAGUUAACUUGAACAGUAUGCAAAGUCAACAUAAAAAUUAGACUGUUUUGCCAAGUUACUUUUCUUACUAUGAUAAUAUCUCUUAGCUUUUUAUCUUUAUUUUUGUACCAGUACCUCCCUCUGCCUGUUGAGAUUUUGUUUUGACCGACAUCUAUUAUGUCUCUGUGUGCUCUGAGGCAGUGUUUUCUUUGCAUAUUAAUCAUAGUUACAAGGUCAGAUUCAUUAACAUUUUUAUGAUUGAAGAAAAGUGUCACUUAGUGAUUUUGACUCGGAUUAUAUUCUGGCCUGGGGAAGGGGCUCAUAUGUAUUGAUGUAAUUUUAGAUUAAUGAUAAGCAAGACAAAGUCUUAACUUUGUCUGAAGGUAUCAAUAUCCUUUACCUUUAAGUAUCUCUCUAUGGCUAAACAGGUGUUAGUAAAACAACAGUUUUGUUAAACCUUAUUUCUGAUAGCUUGGUAAAGCCUAGCUAGAGUUCCUCAUUUUAUAUUCUGUCCUAAGACUUUAAAGUGUAUUUGUAUAGUUGCUGAGAACUCUAAAAAUGAGAUUAUGAUGGCAUCAGCAUCUUCCUAGAAUUGAGUUGCUCUUGAAGUUUAUACUCGGGUGUCCUGAAGAUGGCAGAUUGCAAAUAGGCAAUAAAGGCUCUGUCCCUUGCUUUCAAAAUAAAGUUUUGGAUUGCCGUUUCAAAAUACAGGAUAGGUUAUUAUUAUACAACAAAAGUGCCCUGAAGGGAGGAGAUAGCUAUAGUGAGAGUAUAAGGAAGAAAUUUUAGAAGAUAAACCAGUUCUUGAGUGCUGUCUGUUGUAUUAGGCUAGAAACAUGAUAAUUGCCUCGGCCAAGCAGUGUCUAAUAUAUGUGGCCAUUACCAAGUGUUUUCUAGCUCUGGAUAAAGUUGUUAUUUUUUUAUGGUUGCCAAGCAAUCCAGUUAAUCUGAAGUACUUUUUCUCACUUUAAAGAUCGGUGUUUGGGAGUCUGGUCCUUCCUGUGCUGAUAAUUUACAACUGCAGCCACACUGAAGUGCUCUGCUCUCUUACAGGAACGUAAGUCAGAGCACAGCCAGCCAUGGUCAGGUGUGUGACAUAGCCACUUCAUGAGGUAGCUGUACCUUCGUUCUUUUAAAAGGUACGUUCUUCGAUCCGUACCUUUCCAUCGAGCUGUCUUGUGACAAACUGCAUUUACUAUUGAAACAGUAAAGCUAGGGAAAAGAAUAAAGCUACCUCUCAUACAUGGGAGUGGACUUGAAAGGCUGGCUUCCACCAGCGUAGUUGCUCAGACUUUAACGUACAAAGAAAUGUAAAUAAAAACUAUGGCAAAGUAUGGAAGUUUUAUUUUGAGAGAUGUUUAUAAUUGAAUCUUUAAUCUGGUUAGCAGAGGGGAUGGUUUAGCAAUGGUAGCGUCUUGAGAGCACAAUCUGAAAAGACUCGACCCGCACAGAGUGCUUGCAUUAGCUGUGUAGUAUUGGCCGACGGCGCUUGUGGGAAAGGGAUUGGAUGCAGGACUCAAUUACCUUGUUUUGUAACUUCGUCCCACGUGGACCCUCCUCUUAGUAGACUUCUUUAGUCCUUUAGUCCAAUGGAAGAAUAAGGCCCUGAACAUAUAUAUAUAUAUGCUGCUUUUUUGGUGGGAGGGCUCUUGUAGGGGUUUGGGUGUUGUUUUGAUUAUUGGCUUCUGAAGUCAGGAAGAGGCCAUGGAGUCCCCACUGCUAUCCCACCCGCCCUUUGUAUCUUGUCCCUUCUGUAGAAGAAUAGUUUGUGCUACAUCCUUAUGGUAAAUCUGCCACUGUGGGAAUUUAUAUGCAGUGAUCAUAUCUUACCCUUCAGAGAUGAUCUCACUCAACCCUUGGGCCACAAGCAGAGAGGAAGGCUGUGGAUACCAGUGCCGUUUUGGGUCUCAGUGCAUGUAGCUAUCAGAUUGAGAACAAAGAAAACUGUGGUUCUAGGGUGAGAUGGGCAGUGUUCUGCUAGUCCUUAGUCCUUGAGAGGUCUUAGGUAACAGUCUUAGGUUGUGGACUUUCUGAGGUAGAAUAUAACAUUUUAAUUUAAUCUGCUUUUAAUUCAUUGACUGAGGUUCUGAAACAAUCUCUAGCUACAAACUAUGGUGUGAAACAUUCUGGGCACAAAUCUACAUUUUUAGUCAUUUCUCAAGCUUUAAGAAAUUAGUUCUUUGUAAAAUAUCUUGGUUUAUAUUAUUCUUUUGUGGUAAUUUUGGAAUCAGCUAUGGAUGGCAGCAAAUGAAAGUAAAGGUUCUCAACUGAAUGCAGUUUAGCAAGGUAGUAACUAUUCCUCAGCAGUUUGGUUAGAUGUUAAUACUUUUUGCAGUGAAUGAGUAGCAGUGGACUUGCUCUCUUCAUGUCCUGUAUAUAUAAUGUGCACUGAUAGAAAAGCACAAAAGACGUAUCUACAAGUUUCUUUGUGCAUUUCACUACUGUCCUAGCGCAGUGCUGUCUCUGUUGUUCAUUUUAGGUUUGCAUUUGGAUGCUGUACAAGUACCUUUUAAUUUCACAUAGAAGUGUCUGAAGAACUGAGUCUUUAAUUUUACUUUUUUGCUCAUAUUUCACUUCAAAGUUAGGACAAGAGAUAGCUAACUGACUUUCCAUUUUCUUACAGACUUUUCCUUCAGUAACAGGGAAGGAAAAUAAAACCAUGAACUAUUUUGUAUAUAUAUAUUUGUGUAUAUAACACACACAUUUAUGUAAUAUACACACAUAUAUAUAUUUUCUUAUGAUUGUGUUUGAAGUUUAUUAGCUUAAUACCUUAUAAAAAAUCACCUUUGGUAAUUGACAUAUACAAUUCAGAUUUAAAGGUUUAUGUGUUGGCUUUAAUGUAAACUUAAAACAGUUAUUUCAGAAUAAAAUGAUUAAUCAAAUGGAAUUAUAGUUCGUGUAUUAACAAGUGAAAUCCUAUAUAAGAUUGUCUUUCAUGCAGUUUAGUUUGGAUGGGAAAGGGAAUAAGAAUUUUUUUUUUAAACUUUUUUAAUCCUACUACUUCCAAAACAAGGGUUUGAAGUGUCUUUUAUGCUGCAGAGAUUAGGUAAUGUUCAAGGAAGAUGUGUAGUCUUUAAACAGUUUUCUUGGGAGCGGGUUUUAGUCUGAAGAAGGUGAAGAUAUUUAUGCUGAGUCAUGUUAAAUUUUGUGUGGGACCUACAAAAGCUGGUAGAAAAAAAUUGAAAUGGUUUCCCUAAAUAUGAUGUUGAGAAAACUGGACUUUAGAGUGAAUGUGACUAGAUUUGUAAACUCUUAGUACCUUUUUGUCUUAUGUGAAAUGAUAUAACAUUUAAUUUUUGCCUUAAUUAUCACAGCGUUUUAUGACUUCACCUUCUAGGGCAUUUUAAUGUUUGGAAAAAGACUGUAAGUAAACCAUUGGGAGUAAUUCUGCCUGUGGUAGUAAUGAAGUUCCUGGUACUUGUUUUGGUUAGUCGUCAAACAAUUAGAGCAGAAAAGGAACCUCAAAAUAGCUGUGGGGUUUACCUUGUUGUUAUACAAAUUGAUACCUUUGGAUUGGAUUUAUUGUGUUUCUGGAUUUACUACGUUCUGGCUAAACAGUAGCUUUGUCUCUUUCCCUCAGUGUUAAUCAAAGGAUGAGGACUGAUUCUCACUUAUAUUGGGUGUGACUAUCAUAAAUUAAGAAUUUCCAGUGAGUUUAAAUGUUUGCAGGAUUAUCAUACUGCCAGAGUUGACUAGCAAUGCCAGCUGUACGCUCCCCUGAGAAAAUGAACAAAGUCCUGUGUCUUAACAGUUACUCUUUUUUGAAAGCUUUUUGAUGUAAAUAACACCAGUUUAGAAAUGAAAAACCUUUUAUCUUACAGAAUACAAUUUGAAUGAAUGAAGGUUUCCUUUUGUAUUUUAAAACAUUUUUACAGUUGAUUGUUCAAAUAUUGGCUUUCUGUAAAAAUAUCGUGUUAAAUUUAGGCUGUUUGUAGUGCAAUAUCAAUAAAUUUUGCUGCUUAGGCAGUUUUAAUUACUACCUUAACCUGGUUUCUGCUACUGUUACUUGUUUCAUAGGUUCCAAUUUACUCAUAUUUUGUCUCUCUUUGGACCAAUAAAAAAUGACAAGUAUGAGAUAAAGGUAUGUUUAUAUGA